CUGGUGUUGGUUUUGAAAUUUGAACCUAGCAGGGUAGUCCUGACUCCUAAGAUCGAGUCAAACCCUGUGGACAACCAGCUAUAUACUAGGUACAUUCGAACCUAGCAGGGUAGUCCUACCUGACAGCUGAAAACUGUCAGCAAUAUUGCUCGAAAGUUGCAGCGAUGCGCACUUGUAAUAGCCUUGAGCAGCAUGGCCACUUCAGAACGAGAAAGCGACACUUUGCAAUUGUUUGAGCAUACCGCUGGUGAUGUCCUAGAAGACGAAUUUAAUGAAGAGCGCCAGGCAGGGCACCGGAGGCAAGAGGUCAGAAGUGACUUUUCGGCUCGGCGUGCAGGCCGCCUCUGCACCACCUUUGCGACCGUCGCGAGCUCAGGCUCAUCAACAACAAGAUUCCCCUUUAUCAGGUUCCCAGAAGAGCAUUGCAGCACUUAUAUCGAUUUGAUUGCCACUUGAAUACUUUCAGCAGCUCACGUCGUGUCUUUCCAGCUCGUUCAGCUCAGCAUGGCACUACUCAGGUCUGCGGGGCAUCUCAGCAGGCCGCAGUCAAGUACCUCAGGUUCCACCCUUUCUAUACCAGCAGCGGAGAAGAACAGGCAUGCUCUCUCCGGUUUGGUACUGGCUCCUUCACUUAUAGCUCUUCACAAGUACAGUUGUCAAGUUUCACCUGCGUCGGGCUCUGUUUGCAAGGAAGGAGUACGGAGGCAAUGCAGGCAGCCCAGCACUCGUGUUGGGCAUCCCGUUCGAGCUACGACCAUCAACAGUAAACCAGCUCCAAUGGUGGCAGAGAAAUGGAGCCUUAGCCCGGCCUUUGUUGUCAAGCAGCCCAGCUUCGCAGAGUCGCUGGCACAUGACAUUGAGCUCCUUCCUGCUAGCGUUGCACAGCACCCCGUGUUUGGCGCCUGCGAUAGCCCCCAGAUGGUAGCGCUCCUUGUGCGUAGCCUCGAGCAUAGCACGUGCUGCUUCCCAUCCUAUCUUGCUUUUGGCGCUGUUCACGCGCCGAAUGACGAGAUCCGUUCCACCAUCAUCAGUCAGCUGAACGACGAGUUGGGAAACGGCAGAUGGGCAGAGGACGGCCACGCUAACCUCCUGAAAACAAUGGUUAACGGGCUUAACCGGGAGCUUGGGGAGCUUGUUCCCCAGGACGUCCUGACUGCGCCGGGUUCUCCGGCUCACACUUUGAAGAAAGUUUUCGACCAGGGUUAUCUAAACCCGGACAACCUGCGGAUGCUGGGGGCGUUCAUGGUCGCUGAGGCUUUGGCAAAGCACUUUGACAUCGCGCUCCUCGGGGCCAUCAAUCGCCACGUGGCGAACGGCUCCCUCCACCUGUCCCCGAACGAGCUCCGGUGGAUCCGCCUGCACGCUGAACUAGAGGUGGAGCACGAGGGCGAGGUGCUGGCAAUGUGCCGCUCGCUGAAGGAGCUGGACGGGCGCGCAGUUCAGCGCGUGCGCGCGGGCGCGGAGGACUUUUUCAGGGGCUUCUGCGCGUUCUUGGAUGCCCUGUGCAAGAGUUACGCGCAUUCCGUGUAGAGUGAACAAGUUUUGCACCUCUCAGGAAUGGGUCAGGCUACUAACCGAGAAAUAACUGUGUACAUAUACGACGGUACAACCACGAUGACAAUAUAUUUGUCAAGAUGCGAGAGAAAGACUCGUGUCAGUUGAUGAGACUACAGCAGAUCAGGAUUGCGAAUGACACGAGGUAAUUAGAUAUACUCACUCGUUAAAUAGCAGAUUGACGUACAAACAUGAAUUGCUACUAGCCGCCACGUACAAAGUACAGAACCGACCCGGCUUUGCUCAUCGUGUGCAAAUUUACUCAGCAUCCUGGCCUCGAGAAUCCUCAUGCACAUGAUAGAGGGAGGCCCGGCUUGCAACUUAAGCGUUCUAUCAGGGUUCGUGCAUUUUGACGGUGCGCAUAGAUC